AUGUCCACACUAAUUCAUCAAGACGUGUUGGACUAUCUUGCCCAACACUACUCUUCUCCAUCAAGCAAAGAACAACUAAUUGCUACGGGUACUUAUGGAGCAGUUUACAAAAUAUUGAAAAAUAAUAAUUAUAUUGCUUUGAAAAUUAUGAGACAUUCUGUGGGAUUUAAUAUUAAUGAAGCCCUCGGAGAGGCUGUUAAAAUGGCCAAAUACAAACACAAGAGACAUAUUGUUAGGAUUGAUGAGGUUUUCAUUGUGAAUGAAUGUAAAUCUGGAUUAUAUUUGUGUAUUGAGAUGGAAUUUUGUGAAUUUGGAACAUUGAGUACAAUAUUUAGAGAUUCUAAACCCUCUGAACAAGUAUUAUGUACAAUUUUGAAACAAAUAUGUCUAGCAUUGAAGGAAAUUCAAGAAGGAGAUUCAAUUGUUCAUAAUGAUAUCAAGGCAAAUAACAUUUUAGUGAGGAGUUUUGAUGGUGGGAUGAAUAUAGAUGUGGCAUUGACUGAUUUUGGGUUGUCUUUUUCAGUGGAUGGACAAAAUCAUGAUAUAAUGUCUCUGUAUCCACCACCUGAGGAAGUCGCAUCUUUUGGAAGUGAUAUUUUUACAUUAGGAGCAUGCAUGUACAAAUUAAUGAUUGACAAGUCAACUGUUUUUAGAUACGGAAAUUUCAAUUUUGCAAAUCUAUGUCAAGAUACUAAAUUUGAGGAGACAAUAAUAAGGGAUUUGUGUGAAAUUGGUCAGUAUAGUCAACGAUUGGCCACAAUUAUUAUUUCCAUGAUGAAUAAGGAGGUCAGUGCUCGACCAAAUAUUGAUACCUUAUUGAAUUGGCUGGAAACUUUAGAUGAAUCCAGCGAAAGCGUUAAAAAUGAGCAAGAGGAAUAUAUUUUGAGCUAUCACCAUCAAAAUUCGAAUAACGAGGAAUGUGAGAUAGCAAGUGAUUUUGAUAAGAAGAGACGAUUUAUGAUGGAAACCGUAAUUAGAUUAACUGGUGCUCAACACGAGAUCAGAUUAGAAACUCAAUACUUUCUGAAAAGAGAAUUUAAAAAUAUAGAUGACUCUACAUUAUUGGAAUACCAACGAAAAAUCAAUGAUUUACUUCCACUCGAACAAUUAGUUGAUAAGACAAUUUAUCAGAGAAAUAGAACAACGAAUGCAAAGUUUAAUAUCCAAUUUGCUGCUCACAAAGCAGCGGAAGAAUUUGCAGUGGUCAGUAAGAUGUUGGAAAGCUUUCAUCAAUAUUUAUUGUCACUAAAACGGUAUGGAGAAAAGGCACUUGAAUGGGUAGAGAAAAUUCAAAAACUAGAAGAUUACUAUUCUUCAUAUGCCACGAAAUUGAGAACUAUCACAAGUGACUUUGAGUUUUAUCAAUUGACAACGGAUAAGGCAAUACUAAUGAGUGAAAUGAUUGAAGGUUUUUUCUCAAUUUCACAAGAUAUGGCUCUACGCAUACUCAGUUUGAAUGAAAGAGGAGAAUCCUCUAACAGUCGACAAACCGAAAGUAAUCAUCGAGUUCGAUUCUUGCCUGAAAAGGGAGAACCUGAAAUUUAUUUUAAACCCUUUACUUCAUAUCCUCCACUUUCACCCUCUCGCGAAUUUGCUCUCAAUUGUCUCUAUCACAAAAUUCAAAUUGAAACUACUUUUACUGGACUAAUCGUUAUUGAUAACGUGAAAAAGAUGAAUUCGUAUUGGGAACAUCCAUUCUUUGUUCAAAUAUCUCAAGCUAUUGAAGGAUAUUCAGGUAUAUCACUUGUUAGAAAUAAGCUACCAUUGUGUACGAACCAUUUCUCACAACAAGUUAUUGGAGCACUCAUCACAAGUCCAUCCGAUGGAAAAUUUGAUAAUUUUAUUAUGAAAAAACUGAGUAAUGAAAAGUAUGGCCUUAUUUCAAUAGAUAAUGACGAGAUAUUCAGACCUUCUGUUCUGAAAAACAAGUACUAUAAUGUUAAAUCUUUCCUUUUUUUAUUGAAAGAAAUGAAUAAUUCAGUGGAUUCUGAAUAUAGAAUAUAUUUAGACUCACUUAUUCCUGAAAUGAUUUUACUAGAAUGGACUCACGAACUUGCUCGACAGGAAGACAAGUACAAACGACUGUGGAAUGAUCUCGAAUUUAUGAAAUGUAAAUUCGAUUCGAUAAUUUGGGAAGAUUUUGAUUUGUCCUUUUCCUCUUUCAGUGAAUCAACUGCAACAACAAUCAUGCAAAUGUUGAAAAAGAUUCAGAAUUUGUUGAAAGAAAACAAGCACUCAACCCUGAAAGAUUUAUUCUCCUCCUGUUAUCCAUUACAUAGUAAGGUGUAUGAGGAAGUGUCAUCUCAAUACGAAUCUCUCGAUGACCAAUACUAUGCAGUUCAUAACUAUCAAGAGGAAUUCACAACCACUUCUGGAGGAUCAGACGAGUGCUAUUACUUUUACGAGCAUGAUAGAAUGAAUGUUUCUGGAUGGUCGUUAUUCCAUGAGUAUAUUUUAAGCCAAGUUCGAUUGAUGAUUAAUUAUGAAGAUGCUGUACUGCAAUUCCAUUCCUUGUUAUUCAUGAAGAAUAAGCUGUCAUUAACAAACGUUCUUGUUUCACUUUCAAUAAUGAUUAAUGACAAGUUAGUGUUUAUUAGAGAUGUCAAAACGGCUUGUAAUAUUUAUGCAAUUGGAUUGAAAGAGACGUAUGCCAAUUUUUUAAAAGAAUGGAAAUCAAAAUUUCAACCAUUUUUGGAAAACAAUCCAGACCUAAAAUGGGCAUGCAAACUUGAGGAUUAUUUUCCAAGAGUAGAUUAUGAUAAUGAUGACAAGAGAUUUCCGUACAAGUUUGGAGAGAUGAGAGGAGCCUUCAUGGGUAAAAGAUAUUUAUCAAAAGAAAUGGAAAGAGCUCUCUUCAAUAAUGGAGAAUUCAUGAAAGAUAACACUUUGACAGGCAGGUCAUCUGUGAACAAAUAUCCUGCCAAAAAUCCAAUAUUCUUCUUUAAAAAAUGUCCAGAAAUGCCAGUAUUUGAACAUGCAUCCACAUUGUUCAUGAGAAUAAUGGGACUUACUGGUAUUCCUCGAUGUGAAUUUGUAAUAUUUAGCUCCCACAAGGAGAGAUUCCCAAUUUUAAUAUCUGAGGCAGUUAAUGGAUUAUUAGUGUUGGAUUUAUGGAAUGCUGGAGCAGAAAUUGGUGGAUUGGAUAGAUUUAAUACUGGAUUAUUAAUUGUUUGCUCAAUGCUUCUCAAUCCAGAAGAUCAAAAGGAAGACAAUUUCAUUUUGGCCGGAAAUCAAUUAGUACCAAUCGAUAAUGAGCAUGUUUUUCUCCCUGGAUCAGUUCUCUCCAAGACUGUUCUCAAAGUUAUUCCGCAAUUACAAACUAAGAGUUUGAUAUUUUGUGUGAAUGAAAUGAAAAAAUCAUUGCAUAGAAACUUGGUUCAACAAAUAAUCUCUAUGAAUGUAGAUCAAUUUCUUCAACAAUGGAUGGGUGAAUUAGUGGUUGUGAAUGAUAAGUAUAGUUCUCUAUUCACAAAAGAAGAAUCGGAUAAUCUUUGGGAAAAUAAGGAAGUGACCGUGAGAUUAGUUUUCAGUCCCAUCUUUAUUGAAAACCUUUUCAGAAAAUUUCAUUUACUUCAAAAGCUACUUGUUUCAUAUUCAAAAAUUACUCCAGUUGAGUUGUUAUGUAAAUUAGAACCCUAUGUAGGAGAAAUUUACAGAGAUAGUUUUGUGGAAAAGUCUGUUAAGCGCAGAUUCAUGCUUGUCACUGAUACACUUUACAAAAAGAAAAAGAUUGACAAUUCUAGAAUUUCUGUUCACUCUAGCAAGCAAAUAAUGGAAAUUAUCAACAUUGAUAGUGCAACAAUCAAGUCAGAAUCAGAGAAAUUUAACAAAGGACCUACAAAUUCAUUGGAACAAUUGAAAAUUUUACAAUCGAAUCAUUCACACAAGAAUCAAGAAAUAAUUCCUGCAGGAAAGACCAUGUCUACAAAAGAUCAAGAACAAUAUAUUAAGAAAGUAUUCACAACAACAUCCCCUGUACAAUUGGUGGCAUUGAAUUCGAACAUUCUCAAUUCACAACACAUUUCCAAUCAUUUUUUUAUUGAGAAAUUACCACUUAUUACCUCACUUGAUUUGAGAGGAUGUAAAAAUUUACAAGAGGAAUCAUUAUUCAUUUUACAAAAGUAUUGUGUGAAUGUUGAGUAUUUAAAUAUAAGUGAAUGGAAGUUGAAAAUAUUUGGUCAUUUCACUAGAAUUGAAAGAUUUGUCUUUUCGAAUGACAUUAUUGAAACAGAUAUCAAUAUUCCAAUAUUUCCCUAUUUACAAAUUUUGAUACUAGACAAUAUUCCAACUUUGAAGAGUAUUACUCUUUCGCUACCUUCACUCAUUAGUUUCCAAGCUGUAGAUGCAGAUGCUCGAUUGUCACUAUUUGCCUCUAAUUUGAGACAUAUCAAGAUUUCAUGUGUUCCUAAAUUAAUUAAUUAUCUACUGACAUUUCAAAAAGAUCUAAAGCUAGAAGGUGGAAUAGAACUUUCAAUGGAUAAUUAUGUAGACAGUAUGUCAAAAUUGGUUGUUGAUGAUCAUUUAAAUUUGUCAAAAGUAUUUUUGGAAGAAGAAUCCUUUCCACUAUUCUAUCUGACCAUUACUUGUAUGAAAUUUCGUUCGUUGAAAACUCUUUCGAUAGAAGGACGAAAAUUAUCACAACACAGUAUUAUAAUAAUUUCUCAAAUGAAGAAUUUGACCUCCCUUAAUGUUUCCAAUACUCAAAUUGAUGACCCAAUGACACAAAUAAUUAGUACCAUGUCAAAUAUCGAAAAUUUAAGCGUGUCAUAUAAUCAAAUUGGAGACGAUGGUAUUGAAUACCUUGUUUCUAUGAAAAAUUUACAACGGUUGGAUGUUAGAGGAAAUUUAUAUGGAUCUAAGGGAAGUGAAAUCCUAACUUCUCAUAAGGAACGCAUUCAAAUAUUCAUGAAUGCCAGAAUUAUCCAAGCAGACCAAAUCACCAUAAUGGAGCAAGUAAUGAAAAAAAAUGAUCGAAAAUGCUUUCAAGGAAUGUAUCAAGACAAAAUGGUUCUUAUUGAAAUGAUUGACCAAACAAAUAACUUUGAACAUUAUAAGCAACAAGAUCUAUGGCUUAGUUUGGAUCAUCCAAACAUUUCUAGACUAAUUGGAAGUGUUAAAUUGAAUGAUAGUGAAUUAUAUAUAACAGAUCUUGCAAACUACAAUCUAAAAGAAGUAAUAUCCUCUAUUUCUUUGAGCCAAAAACUCGAAUAUCUCAUAGAUAUUGCAAAAGGUAUGAAUUAUUUGCACUCUUUGAACCCUCCAGUCGCAUUCAGAGAUUUAAGGUUAUCGAAUAUAAUCAUAUCUGAGAAUGAAGAUUGUGCCAAAAUUUAUGGAUUUGAUUUGGCCACCAAUGUCCAAAAGCACAUGUCAAUAUUAGUAGGAAGCUAUGUGUAUAUUGCACCAGAAGUGUUGAAAUUGGAUGAUUAUAGUGAAAAGUGUGAUGUGUACAGUUUUGCAAUUUUGCUUUGGGAAGUAGUGAUGGGUAUUCCUACGUUUGACAGUUAUGAACCAAUCAAACAAUUCUUGAAAAGAAACUCUAAAUAUGUGAAAAUGACAAUCAAUAUUGAACAACCAACGACCUCACUUGAAAUUUUGAAAAGAAAACCUCCCUGUAUUCCCUUCCUAUUGGAUUCUGACUAUGCCAAGUAUAGUAUAACUCAUCUUGACAGUCCACCAAGAAAGUAUGUGUUUAUUCCAGAAUUAUUGGAUCGAUUUGUGAAAGAGUUCAUGUUUAGUCAAGUAGAAGAAUAUCCAGAAAAUCUUGAAACAAUCAAGAACGUUGUGUAUGGCUUAUCUGUAUUAGCUACUCGGUGUUGGGAAAAUAAUUCUAAUAUCAGACCUUCUUUUAGAGAAAUUUUGGAAAAUCUUACUAAUCUUCAUUUAUGAAACUGAUAAAUAAAUGAAGUUAUGUCAAA